AUCUUGGUAUGGAUUCGAUAAAUAGGAAGGGGCUGUGGAUGUCUGGGACGUUCGCCCGUGCUCUGGGUGCGCUCGGGGCGGAUAAAGCGGCGUAUUUGCAUCCUAGGGUCGCUGCCUUUCUGCCUGAGGCUGCCGCUGGCGGAUUAUUUAUUGCGACCGUGCUGGCGCUCGCUGCUGCCACGCCGUGGCCGUCGCCGGGACCGGCGCCAGCCGCAGCCCGCCUCUUGCAGCCUGGCGCGACUGCUGUACGGGCCCCUCAGAGAUUCCAGAGAUUUCCCAGCAAGCAGGGUACAGGGGGACGAAAGGGGACCUGGGGGGCUAUCACCCAGAGCCUAUUUGGCCGGGAAAUCUCCCCGCCUCGGCUACCCCUGACCGCAGCUGGACGCCGGUAUAGACUCGGGUCCUCCCCCCACCCCCACUCCAGCACCAUGGAGACUGGUUGCACAGGCCGCCUGGCACGUCAUGGCUGCUUCUGCCCAAACUGCACGUCCCAAGGCGUCUUGGGGGCGCACGCUGGUUCAGGGAACACUCUGACUUUGCGAUUCUGAUAUCGGAGAGACUAUCUGUAGUCCUGAGGCUUGUAGGCCUGGCGGAUCUGAGGAGGAUGGGAUAUGGCAAAGAAGGACGGCUUUGGCUCCAGGCGAGGGCCUGUGAAGGGCAGAGGCCGCACCUGUGUGCUUUGGGCUCUGGCCUGGGCUAGCGAGCUGGCUGGACUGAGGUGGCCUUCAAGGUACCACACCUACAUACUCCCAGACCACCCUCCAGGCUGGCGAAGGUGGAGCUGUUCAAUGGGCAGCCCAGGGCAAGGGCAGACAGACGGUGGGGCCCAGCUCGCCAUCCUGCCCGCCUUGGAGAGAAACUGUAAGUCCAACUCUGUCCUGGCCUGCAACCGGGCGUCCUACGAGUACGGGGCCUCGUGUUUCUAUUCUGAUAAGGACCUCAGUGGCGCCUCGCCCUCGGGCAGUGGCAAGCAGAGGGGCCCCGGGGACUACCUGCACUUUUCUCCCGAGCAGCAGUACAAACCCGACAGCAGCAGCGGGCAGGGCAAAGCACUCCAUGACGAAGGCGCCGACCGGAAGUACUCGAGUCCCGUUUACCCUUGGAUGCAGCGGAUGAACUCCUGCGCGGGUGCUGUGUACGGGAGCCAUGGGCGCCGAGGCCGCCAGACCUACACGCGCUACCAGACACUGGAGCUGGAGAAGGAGUUCCACUUCAACCGCUACCUGACACGGCGCCGCCGCAUCGAGAUCGCCAACGCGCUCUGCCUCACUGAGCGCCAGAUCAAGAUCUGGUUCCAGAACCGCCGCAUGAAGUGGAAAAAGGAAAACAAGCUCAUCAAUUCCACGCAGCCCAGCGGGGAGGACUCAGAGGCAAAGGCGGACGAGUAGACGCCUGGGCAGGGACCAGGCCAGCGCUGCAACCUCCUUCGGCUUUGCCCCCUUGCCCUCGCCUGCUCCCCAACUUUUCUCCCCGCCUGCUCCCAUCGGGGGCUUCCGCAACUUCAGGGGAGCCGGGAGCUUUGCAAGCGUCUGUGCAUUUAUUUCUUAAAAAACAAAACAAAACAAAACCUCACACACAGCCAAUACCAGCGGUGGAGCGGGGCGCAUUGCACACACCCAGUCCCGCUCCACAAGGCUGCCCAAACCGGCUCCCGAGUUCUGGGGUGCGCCCUGAAAGCGUCCGGGGCUGCUGUGCUAGUGCCUCUGAGCUCCCCGACCUCGGAACGCCGAGCUGCUAGGGAGGAAAGAGCCCUGGGCCGAGCCCCGUUUCGCGUCUGGGAGUCUGUGCCUAGGUCCCUCGCCAGUAGGUCCCGAAGGGCAUCAUCAAAUUAUCUCUGACCAGUUGAAAGAGGGGUUCUAAGUGCUGGAGCCCGGCCUUGUCGCGGCCUCCCAAGCGGCCUCCCAGAACAGGAAGCUCAAGGAACAAAGGGGGCCCCAACAGAGCCCAGUCUCUCGGUCCCGCGUGUGCAACCGUCAGUGGAAAAGAAGCAGCCUCAGCCGAGGCAACCUAACCUGGGCGCGGGUGGAACAUUACAGCCCGGGGAGCCCCUGGGAUCCCUCAGGCCCCCGGCUCCGGAUUCCCGCUCCCUGCCUCCGAUAGCGCCCGCGUCGCCGCCACAGCAGCGUUCAGGACCCAACGAGGGGCCCAGGGCCAUGGAAGCCGCCAGAGUCCUGGCUUCCAGACGUGCCAGGGGCGCCUGCAACGCGGGGCCUCCAGCGGGGAGACUCCACUUGCCUCUCAGCUAUAUUUGUGAUUUACUUGAGUCUUUCGGAGCCGUGGAAAUUAACUACAGAGAUACUACGCACUGCCACGAAAUGCUUCCAUUAUCGCCCUCAUUUUACUCCUGGAGGUCUAAGCAAGACCCCAGUAACCGGCCCCACGGAUCCCCAGACCCCAAGCAGCCUCUGUGGCUGCAGGGAGCCUGGGCCCACUCGCUGGGUUCAAGGAGAACCCUCCAACUGGGGGUCCGGCUGGCUCGAGGAACCGGACCCUGUGAUGAAGAUUUUCCAGGCUGGAUACGUAAGCAAAUCAAAUAGCAAACUAAUGACACGAAAACCAUAUUCACACGAAAGAAAAAUCGACUACGGUUAUAAAAGUGUAUGGAAUUUGACCUCGCCUUGCAGAAACACUACACAAAAGCUAUCUUUAAUAGACGCCUGUCAUUUAAGAGCGGCAGGGACACUGUCCCUCAUGCGCUCGCAAAAACAGAGCCGUAAUUGUAGCUGCUGCUGCUGCGGGCAGGAUUUAUUUAUCCAGUUGGCUAAAUGGCUUUCCCCCUUCCCCGAAGGUGAUAUCUGUAUUUUCAAAAUUCAGAGCUGCUGGCAGGACGGGCAGAACCGACCCCAACCUCGACACAAAAAUAAGAGGGGCUGCAAAACGGGGGAAAUAAAGUUGUUGUAAAUAAAAUGCAAGUCACCA